AUGGCAUCAAAUGAGACAUUAAAUUCUUCGUCAUCAACGACUACUGUUGUCCUCACGAGUAGUAUCACAUAUACGACAUCCGAUGAGAUCAGGGAUUGGAUUGUAUUAUCGAUACAUUUGUUAACAUUUUUGUUGGCAUUUAUUGGCAACAUUUUCAUCUGUCUGGUCGUCUAUAAUAAGAAAAAGUUAAGAUCAAACACUUAUAUAUUGAUAGUAAAUAUAGCCAUUUCGGAUCUCAUCGGCGGUAUUGUCAUACCCGGUCAGUGGCUAUUUUGUUCGACAUAUAUGCUAGACAUGGGCACAGGUAGUCAACGAGUCUGCACUCUAGUUAAGUCAUCGCAGAUACUAUCCUAUUAUGUGUCGACAUUUUCGAUGACAGUCAUAGCCAUAGACCGAUAUCGGCUUAUAUGUAAGCCAUCGGUAGCGCGUAUGACACCUCUAAUACCGAUACUAAUCACUUGGAUAUUGGGCUCCAUAUUCACGACAACCACGUUAUACUCGAUACGUGUUUCGGAAUAUUUUUCGCCGAUUCAGGGACUAAUCGGUUGUCGUCUAGUAUUUGCAUCCAAUAUAAACUAUCAAUUAAUUAGGUUAAGGGUAAUAGUCAUCACUUUCAGCCAAUACUUGAUACCACUGUCCCUAAUCGGCUAUUUCUACGGUAUGGUCAUGUAUACAGUGUGGAAAAGGGAACGGGUGUUGGGCAGCAAUGGUGUAGGUGAACGGGUGAACAGAAACAGUGGUAAACAAAAGUUGUUUAACCGGAAUAAAAAACGUACGAUAAAGAUGUUGAUGACUGUUGUGGUGGUAUUUGCUGUGUCCUGGUUACCCACACAUCUCGAAUACUUUCUAACAUUUGUCAUUAAUGACAUAACUGUCCACAACAAGCCGAUGACAACCUCCACCACCAUUACAACCACCACCACUACCAACCAGUGCAAAGUAUCCAUAGUUUAUAUACUAUGCAAUUGGCUAGAAAUUAGCAGUUGUUUCUACAAUGUGUUCAUCUAUUGUUAUUUCAAUCAUGAUUUCCGAUCGGAAGCCAUCCGAUACUGGAAUUGUAUGAUACCUAAGGGCUGUUAUUGUUUUCAGAUGGCUUUACCAGCACCGGGUGCUGAGUCGUCGUCUUCGUCGGAUAAUACCAACAGUGGUGCCACAAAUACUACAUCUAAUAGUAGUAGUAGUAGUAGUAAUAAUAAUAGUUGUUUAACACAAACAUAG